AUGGAGAAAGCAGAAAAGGGGAUGUAUGGGAAAAUUCUGCUCACUGUCUGCGGCGAGGUAAAGGCCAGCUUCACCAGCAGCACGCCGAUGUCGUCACGGAAACGCCUGGCUUCGGACCCGCCACCUUGUCAAAGAGGGGAGACGUUCCAUACUCUGCACCACAGCAGUGGGAGUCAGGCGGACAAGACUCCCAGACGCACAGUGAUCGGGAGGAGAGGUCAGCUGACAUGGAGCUCGGAGGAGCUGUGUACCUCCCAAGAUUCCACUCGGGCUUCCAGUCCCAAGAAGAGCCUGGUGUCUGAUCGGCAGAACUGUGAAAAUAGCAGUGCGCUGAGGGUGACUAAAAAGUGCCGAGCAGUCCGUCCCUCAAAGCGCUGGAACCAGACCAUGUGUCUGAGCGACCCAGACACAGCCAUCCUGAUUGGAGGAGAAGCCAGGGAGCACACGGGAUGCAGCGACUCACUCUGGAAGCUGGAGAUAGACAGCAGCUUCUGGUUCCCAAUGGACACAUCCUCCUCUGGACCCAUCCCUCCCUGCACACGCGGCCACUCUGCAACCUAUGACCCCGAGUCUAAGGUUGUGUACGUGUACGGCGGCCUGAAGGAGGAUCAGCGCUAUGGUGACAUUUACAUCCUCAACACCCUGACGUGGAAGUGGAAGCUUGUCACAGCGAAAGGCAGUGUCCCGAUGUUGGCCCAUCACAGCGCCACCAUCUACAGGAAAGAGCUCUUCAUCUUUGGUGGAGUCCAGCCUAGCCGUGCCCCCGGGGGAAAGGCCUGCAGCAACUCCCUGUACAUCUUCAAUCCUGAAUUCGAGCUGUGGUACCAGCCCAUUGUGGAGGGGGACAAACCAUUACCCAGGUUUGGGCACUCCACCGUGCUGCUGUCAAACAAACUGAUCAUUUUCGGUGGGAGGAAGACUGCGGCCUACCUGAACGACCUCCACAUUCUGGACAUGGGAUUCAUGGAGUACACGGCUGUGAAGUACGAGAGCAUGCCACCACUGCCUCGAGGAUUCCACGCAGCCGUUCCAGUGUCAAACAACAAGAUGCUGAUCAGUGGGGGCUGCAGUGCUAUCGGGGCCCUGCAGGACCUCCACCUGUUCCACCUGGAAACCAGCUCCUGGAGUUCAAUAACCUGCCCAGCUUUCUGCUCCAAACCUCGCGCCGGUCACAGCAUGCUCCUGCUCCCUGGCCGGCCCUCCUGCACCAUCCUGGUGUUUGGGGGCUCGGACUGUGCCGGAACCUUCUACAACGACACUGUUGAGUGCGCCGUGGAGAUCAUGGUGAAGAGGGAGGGUCUAAACUGCAAGGGCAAACCGUGA